AUGAAAUCUAUCUAUCUAUGUCUCUUCGUAUUUAUCUAUCAUGGCCUCUUCUAUCUAUCUAUCUAUCUAUCUAUCUAUCUAUCUAUCUAUAAAACUGUCCGUUUAGGUAUCUUCGUAUUUAUCUAUCAUGGUCUCUUCAUCUAUCUAUCUAUCUAUCUAUCUAUCUAUCUAUCUAUCUAUCUAUCUAUCUAUCUAUCGAUCUAUCUAUCUAUCUAUCUAUCUAUAGAAAUUAUCCCUCCGGUUUUCGUUUGUUAUUCCUCUUUGAAAUCAUUCUUGGCAUUUCCCUCAUCUAUAUUUUUUUUUGUUACCGACCAAAAUCGACUCCUUCUAUUCAAAUCUCAGCCUCGAUUACAUUCAACCGAAUCUAUAUUAUUUUGCAACCAAAAAAAUGUCCCUUCAAAAACCCGCGGCAAAAUGGCGUCGAUUGAUUCUGACCUUUACCUUGUUCUUUUCUUUCUUUCUUUCUUUCUUUCUUUCUUUCUUUCUUUCUUUCUUUCUUUCAAUAUUCCAUUAACAAUUUCGCUCUAG